AUGGAGUCAGUAGACCUUGUUCAAAACACAACUGUAGCAACAACAACAACAACUAUUAAUCAAUAUGGACAAGAGAUUGGUGUUGGUCUGCCAGAUUGGAAGCCUGCUCAGUCACCACAGAGAAUAGUGCUUGAUGGUCAAUAUUGUAGACUUGAGCCUCUCAUCGCAGACCAGCAUGCUGUUGAGCUUUAUGAAGCAUUCCAAGCUGGUACAAACCCCGACAAGACAUGGACCUACAUGGCAAACGGACCAUUCAACACAUACGAAUCAUACUAUGAUAUCGUCAAGACUGUGUUUGAGGUGACCAAAGACCCAAUGCACUUUGCCGUGAUCGACAAGCAAACGAACAAGGCCGUGGGCACCAUCGCAUUCAUCCGAAUCGACCCCAAGAAUGGCUCGAUCGAGGUGGGCUCCGUCGUCUUCUCCGCGCUGCUCAAGCGCACGCGCCAGUCGUCCGAGGCUGUGUUCCUGCUGAUGAAGUACGCCUUUGACCAGCUGGGCUAUCGUCGCUUCGAGUGGAAGUGCGACUCACUCAACGAGUUGUCGAGGAAGGCUGCCGACCGCUAUGGAUUCACGUUCGAGGGCACCUUCCGCCAGGCUAUCGUCUACAAAGGUCGCAACAGAGACACCAACUGGUACUCAAUCCUGGACAGUGAGUACAACGCACGUAUACGCGCUGCCUUUGUCCAAUGGCUUGAUCCAAACAACUUUGGAGCUGAUGGCCAACAAGUUUGUCGUCUGUCUGACCUCACAAAGGCACAGCUAUUGUAA